CUUGGUUUCGACUGUUCAAUGCCGCAAUAGGUGAGAUUUCUACAUAAAUCUUUAAUUCAGUGAAGCCUAUAAUUAUAGGCCCUCUGAUUGUAAAUCAUUUUACCAUUUAUCAAAAAUUUAUCGGAGAUUUGUUGUAGUUCACAUAAAAAGUGAAAGUAGGCGUAAGAUACAUUUACCACCAAAUCUUACAUAGUAGGUCGGAUCCGGAAAAAGCUUGGCUCCAGCUCCGGAACCUCGCAACUUUAACGACAACCACCGCCAACUCCACGCAACGCCGCACCACCACCCUUAAUUGACAGCCAACACCCCUCGUCAUGUCUUCGAAAGUUGCACAGUCGGUUGUAAAAGCCACUCGCCGUGUCAUUCCCGUGUCCGAGAAAUACACCGUGCAAUCCACCGGCAUUUACGAGCGCAUCCGCCGCAUCUUCGCCGUCGACCCCAGCCGCUCCAACGGCGUCCCCCUAAACCCUCAAUUCCGCAACCCCACCCCCGGCGCCGUCGACCCACGCACCAUCGACGACCGCGUCACCCUGCCCGCGGCCGACAUCGCCGAGAACCCGUACUGGAAGCGUGACACGCGCCGCAACUACGCGCGCGCGAGCGUGGUUGGGCAGGGCGAGCUGGUGCAGCUGCUGAGCGUGGGGAAUGCGAAGGAUGGCGCGAAGGUGGAGUUGAUUGGGGAGCAGGGCGAGAAGGCGUUGGUGGCUGCGAAGGGGGAGGGGGAGAACGGGCUUGCGGCGUUCUUUAGGGAGGGGGAUGUGAGUGGUGUGCUUGGAGAGGGAGGGUUGCCGCCGAACCCGAGUCGGGGGGGGCCGGAUGAUGCGCCCGUUCGCUAUGAGAUGACGGAGGAUCAGGCGUAUCCCGCACAGUACCCUUGCAGGACAUUUGCUUAAAGAGUGAUGGAAAGAAGGAGCUGGGGGGAGAGUAGAUUGUAUAUAUGAUAGCCUUUGCCGACUGAGUGUGGAAUAAGAAGAUUCAAUGAGGGCCUUUAUUUCUUUGAUGGUGUGAUAUGCGGAUGCGUUUCUAGUUUCUUCUAGGGAUGUGCAUAGACAGAUGCACCAAUGCAUAUUACUGUCUAUCGAUAUCGCUGACUGUCCUGGUAUGGUUACGGGGACAUCGUCAUUGGCCACCCACCUUCCAUAAGAUGUUCACCACAUAGCAAAUCUACC